GAUAUCAUCGAUAGUGUCAUCUCUGUCUGAGCAGUUAAACUACAGAUGCUUCGGCAUUAAACAAAAGUAAUUUCGCAAUUUUGGCAGUAAAGAUAGUUUAGUUAUUUAAAAUUCUCGUAUAAAUCGUUAAGAGGGGUGCCUAAAGAUGUUUACGCCCAACACAAACACCCCCAUUGGAGGCGCCACCGCUGCUCCCGGCGCUUUUGCUUUUGGCGCGCGACCGGCGACGACGACUGCUCCGCCUCCGUCCUUUGGAGCAGCCACCUCUACGACGUCCUUCGGAGCUGCUCCGGGCACCACCUCCUUGUUUGCAGCUCCGGCGGCCACUCCGGCUUUUGGAGCACCAGCUGCUACGCCGGCUUUUGGAGCACCAACUGCUACGCCUGCCUUCGGCGCAACAUCAACUGCGGCGCCCGCUUUUGGAGCAGCUGCUGCCACGCCCGCUUUUGGAGCAGCUGCUGCCACCCCCGCUUUUGGAGCAGCUGCUGCCACGCCCGCUUUCGGAGCACCAGCAGCCACGCCGGCUUUUGGAGCUCCAGCUGCCACUCCCGCUUUUGGAGCACCCGCCGCCACGUCCGCCUUUGGAGCACCAGCAGCCUCAACGGCGUUUGGAGCGCCAGCUUCCACGCCAGCAUCGGCCUUCGGAGCACCAGCACCAGCCGUGGGCACUGUGGCUCCCACCUUCUCCUUCGCCACCCCGGCCACAAGUGCCCCGACCACCGCUCCGCCGGCCUUUGGAUUUGGCACCACCGCUACAACGGCGGCAGCUGCUAUGCCAGCAUCUCUCGGCUCCGGCAUUGGAUCCUUUGCCUUUGCCAAGCCUCAGGCCACCACGGCGGCCAGUUUGAACUUUAGCACAACCACGACGACGGCCACCGCACAGCCCUUCAAUACUGGUCUGAAACUGGGAACCACCAACGCGACGACAGCCUUAGGAGGAGGAAUCUUUGGCAAGCCAGCGGGACAGGCAGCUGCCCCGGCAGCUUCUACUUUUGUGGGUCUCGGGGGGAUCGAUGUGAGCGCCACGCAGCCAAAACUGGGGGACAACAAGCAGGAUGGCAUCAAGAUCAAGGAAACCCAAGUGCCCGACGAGAUAGUAAAAACGGUGGAUGCCCUAAAAGCGUAUAUCAAGCAGCAGAAGACCAUUUCCUCCGACAUUGGACGGACUUCCACCUCCAAAUUCACGAAUGUGAGCCACGAGAUCACGAACUUGAAGUGGGCGCUGCAGAAUAUGGCCAAUUUAGUGGAGGGCAGCAACCAGCAGAUCCGCCUGAUGCGACAGGAGACCGUAAAGGCAAUUCAAUCUCUGGAGAUGGCCCAACGCACGCAGGACACCCCUGCUGGUCUGCAGUUCGAGAACAGUGCUCCGUUCCAGUACUUUCAGUGCCUGGUGGCAAAAUACGAGCAGGAUUUGAUCGCCUUUCGCCAGCAGAUUGCUCUGACCGAACGCCACAUGCACGCGCUCUCCAAUCCGCAGAGUAUUUCGCCGGAGGAUCUAAAGCGGGGCUUUCGCCAGCUUAAUGAGAGCUUCAUCUCGCUGGCGGGACGUCUUCACGAGGUACAUCAGCGGGUGGAGGAACAGAAGGAGCACUACCUAAACCUCAGACGCUACCGCCUGCGAGACGCCACCAAUGUUUUUGAGCGGAUCGACAAUCCUCCGCUGCCGUCGGUGGAACCUCAACGGAUUAGUAGCGGUCCAACGCCCUUCUCCAACAUCUCGGCCCUGAUGAACAAGUCUUAUGCAGCAGCGGCCAGUUCCGCCAGCAAUGCGGCAGCCAAGUGAGAACGGCAUUCUUAGCAAGUUUCAAUAAAUCGUUAUGUACAAUA